AUGCUCAUAUCUACAGCUUACAUUAACAAAUUUAAAACUGUUCAUUUUUUUGAACAGCCUCUGUACAGUUUCUUUUUUUCCUCCUCCAACUUUUCUUCACACUCUUCCACAUCCUCCUCCCCUUCCAAUACUACUACUACUACUACUAUUCCCACAUUAUACGCAACCCCACAUUAUACUCGUUCUUCUCCAUCUUUUCUCUCCACCUCAUUCUCUAUUCAUUCUUUUUCUUCUUCUUCCAUCUUUUCCUCCUCAUUCUUCUCCAUUCCUCCCAUUUCCUCCUCCUCCUCAUCUUCUUCUUCUUCUUCUUCUUCUUUCCACAGUUACUACUUCUCCUCUGCCUACUUUACAUCCUCAUCCUUCUUUGUCUUUCCCUCCCUAGUUUUCUCCACUUCCUCCUCUUUACUCUUCUUGCUUCACCUCCUCCUCCCCCUUCUACUACUACUUCUUCUCCGCCUACUCCACAUCCUCAUCCUUUUUCUUCGUCUAUUCCCCCUCAUUCUUCACCGCGUCCUCCUCCUCCCCCAUAUUCUUCUUCUUCUUCUUGGCCAAUGA